AUGAAGAGAUUCGAAGGUCACUUCCACCAGAAGACGACGGCGAAUUCCUCUUUACCAGCUGUCGAUUGGCUUUACUGCAACAUUCAUGCUGACGCUGUUUCCGAGGCAGUCUCCUUCGAUUCCGGUGAAAAUGUGCUGAGCUUUUGGCUGUCAAAUGACGAACAUCAUCAGAGCAAGAGCCAAUCGACAACUGGUCAAGAGGAAUCCGCCGUCGUCUUCUGGUGGAAGCGACCUUCGAAUCUCUUCAUCCAACACCUACACUCGAAAUGGAAUACGUCAGUGAAGCCUUUCAACGAGCGCGUUCACGAUGCCGAUUGCGUCAAGAGUGCUGAUGAGAGGAUGGAGAGAGUCGGAAGCUGGCAAUCGAGCCUUUUUGCAAUGCACGACGCAAUGAAGUUCAGGCCAAAAGUCGAGCAUCUGCUCUACACCGCAGCGUGGACAGCUGAUCACCCACCAACUGGCAGACUCUCCACAAACCCCACACGUCGACAACAAUCAGAUUGGGGAUAG